AUGUCCACAAUCCAAGCAGGGUACCCAAUCCGCCGACAAGGCAAUUGUGGUCAAUACACAGGCUCGGAAACAUGGGAUGACUUCUGGAAUUGCUGCCCAAGAGGAACAUCCGGACCUGCGGAUUAUGGAGACAAUACACAAUGCCCCGACAGCGAUACAGGUGCAGUUCCGGCGCAAUGCGCCAAUUCAACCUGGACUCUGUGGUGGAAUAAGGGUUACUUUUGCUGUGAGCCUGCGCUGAUGGGCUUUACAAAUGGAUUUGGCUGGUAUGGCUGUGGGACAAAGACGCUCAUACAAAGCAACGAUACCUGGGUACAGGCGACCCCGACGGGUACAUGUUUAAGCUCCCCGACGUCAACAGCAUCGUUCACUGGGUCAUCUUCAGAUACAGGCGCAAUUGUCGGUGCCGCGGUCGGGGGAUUUUUGGUGCACUUCUCAUCGUGGGAAUGA